AUGCGACACAAUCAAGGCCCGCAGGUACAGCGCUUGAGGUUGCAGCCUGGAACACACCAGGCAGGAGAGGCGGCCGUUCCCUCGACCUGGAGAUGCCCUGGUGCUGGCUAUAGCACUAGCAAGCCCUGUUACCCACUCCAUCGGUCCGGCGGGGGUAACCACUCAAGUGAGGCAACCCCAAGCAUACUGCAGUGGGGGUUACAUGGGCAGGGAGAGCAACUUAAGAUGGCGGACACAACAUGUGUUGAAGGUCCCAACAAAACUACCCAUGAUAUCCUGACACAACUGAACAAACACUUUGAUGCAUUCUGGAGGAAACUAGAGCACAAGCUAUACCAAUCUGCCCCACAACAGACUGCUGCUCUCCCGUUGCAGAAACUACCCGUCUACCUUCAGCAAGAGGACCAGUGUCAUGGCUGCCGACCUGCAACCAAUACUACCCAAACAGUGAGCCAAAGGGGACGGAGAAUGCAGCAGAGGGCCAAGCAGCAAAAGAAGCGCAAUCUACCCACUCCUGCGACAAAUGAAUGCCUGCCGAAACGAAACAAGAUAUUGUAG